AUGGCAGAGUCCGACCAACCUCAGCGGCGGUCGUCAUCGCAAGCCUCCAGCGCCUCAAGCAGAAGUCGAAAUGCUAAGAUGAUGCGCGCCAAAGUCCAGAAACGCCACUCUGGCUCGUCAAACACAACCACGGAUCUGACCUCGUUUCCAUCUCUUUCACCUCCCGACAAAGCCACCACCCUCACCCGUGGUUUGACAAAUACUUUAUUUUCCGGCGAAGAUGGAGAGGAGACCCAGGGAAAUGGCCGAGGGCGCAAGGCAACAUUAGCGAAGCUUACAGCCGGAGCGUCACAAAAGUCUGGCCGAUCUGCCUUGUUUGCCGAUUCCGUUUUGACCCAGGAUAUCCCAGGUGCCUUGCAUUUGGCCGAUGAUGCGCAUAUUGAGCGUCUAGUUGCCAGUACAGGGGCCGUGAAGAUGGUGAGACAGUUCGCGCGCGAUCUGGCUCAACGAGAUGCUGAGAUUUCUGCUCUCCGCCAACGUGCCGAUGCACGAGAGCGAGAACUAAAGAGAAUGCUCCGAGAGGUCUCCGUCAGUAACCAGGACAUUGAGCGUCGAUUGUAUCAGCUGGAAAACCCGCCCGGAGAUCGAAUUUCGGAUGCUGAAAGCACCCACAGUAGUGAUCAUGCUGGCCAUGCCUCCUCUGGAUUAAAUGGGCUGAUGUCCCAAGCCAUGGAGGACACUGUGGGCUCUCGGCCCUACGACAAAUCCGAAGCGCAGUCUGAUCUUCAAGCUACAAUCCGGGCUCAGCGAGCAGAGGCUGAUGGUCGCAUGGUUGAUGGCAACGAUACCACUCGGAAACGCAAUAGCUCGAUUCGCGGCUGGCAAGAGUACAUUUUUGGCUCGACAAACACAAGUCGCAAAACGAGUCGUGCUAGCAGUAUCAUGAGUGGUGUAGGAGAGCACGAUGACGAAGAGACUGAGCGCCUUCGAGUGCCUAGCAAUCCAUCGCGUCGCAAAGCUCUUGACGAGCAGCUUUUCCAACCACCCGAUGCACUAACACGAGUUGGUGGACCGGCAAAGCGAAUUGCCAGCCCGUCAGUGACGGGAGACGAUGCCAGCACGCAUUCACGCAAAUCCUCGAGGUCAAUCGGCUCGUGGACCGUCAAGCUGUUCGCUGGCAAUCCUCAGGCAAACAAGGAUGCAAGUGACUCCGAGACCAAUCAAGCUAAGCCAAUGUCCAAAGUUCCGGGUGGAGAUCGAAGCGCUCCAUCUACUCUUUCAGGCAAAGGCGGGAUGUCGGCAGUCGCUGCAUUGAAAAGAAUCAAUAGCAAUGUCAGUGUGCCUUCUGCACGCUCUGCCAGUGGAAUAAGUGUCCAAGGCAAAAUGGGCCCAUCUGCCUCGCGACGAAACCCAGCAGGCAGCAUCUCGCAAGGAGCAGCGUCUGAGGCCACAGAUCGAAGCUCCACGAACCUGGGACCUGUCGAGAUGGAUGCCAUCUUGCCUAUGGAAUCGAAGCCUCCCACACUCACUCCUGUUUACAAUAACUCUCAGUCAGGUGAAUUUCUCACAGAUCGCUUUGGUUUCAUUUAUGAUCAACGUCGAAAGAAGCGUCAAAGAGAAGCCAAUACAACCAAGAGUAGCGGCCACCGCUUAAGUAUUGGAGAGACUCUUGGUACCCUGCGAACAGACGCUUCUGAUGCAGAAGAUGAUCCUGAUGUUCGAAGUCUCACCCAGACGGUCUCUGAGACCACACCUCCUUCUCCUACAUCACCAGAUGACCCUGAAAGUGAAGCGAUUUCCGUCCGCCGUUGGCAGGACUAUUUGAAAAUCCCAUCUCGCCCUACAGAACUUCUCUCCCAUACACCCUCUGCGGGGCCAAUCAUCUCUCUGACCUCAGGAGAAAAUCGUCCCCAUAGCUCGUCUGUUUCUGUUGACAAAGUCGGAGCCUUGUCUGUUGGCUCUGUCGGCCAGCCAUCUGCUUCAACCUCAGCCAUCACAGCCGACAGUCCUGAGUUUGCGGGUCUAUCAUCCGAUCAAGCAAAUGACAUGACUUCCAAGAUUUCAAUGGCAGAGACUGAGCCGGUGAAAUUAUUGCUAGAGCAACUGACAGAGCUCCACGAUACCCUGCAGCGUGACCGAACCGUGCGGUGGAACGAAUUCCUUCGCAAGGUGCGCGCAGAACGCCGAAAAGAAGGUGAGGCUGCAGCCGCUGCAGCACCCGACCGGUCUGUAGCUGCAGUCGAUACACCUGAGGCCUCACUCGCAGAUGGUGAGGUCGUGGGCAUCGCCGGCCUGGGCAACAAGGGCAAGGUUGGUCGAGCAAAAUGGCGCGAAUUCCGGCUGCUUGUACUCGGCGGUAUCCCAGUCGCUCUUCGUGCCAAAACUUGGUCAGAAUGCAGUGGUGCUUCUGCUAUGCGAAUUCCCGGGUACUACGACGAUCUUGUGCAUAGUGUUGGUGGAUCGGAGCCUGAUUCCUCUGUUGUAUCCCAGAUCGACAUGGAUAUCCGUCGCACUCUCACCGACAACGUCUUUUUCCGCAAGGGUCCUGGUGUCGGCAAACUGAAGGAAGUGUUACUUGCGUACUCCCGCCGUAAUCCUGAAGUUGGCUACUGCCAGGGCAUGAACCUGAUAGCCGGAUCCCUCCUACUCAUCAUGCCCACUGCUGAAGAUGCAUUCUGGAUUCUGACUUCGAUGAUCGAAAUCAUCCUACCCCAGCACUACUAUGAUCAUGGAUUGCUAGCCUCUCGAGCCGAUCAAGUUGUACUGCGACAGUACAUCUCGGAGCUACUCCCCAGACUUUCAGCUCACCUAGAGGAACUGGGAAUCGAGCUUGAGGCGCUCACUUUCCAGUGGUUCCUAUCAGUCUUUACAGACUGUCUCUCCGCCGAGGCGCUUUAUCGCGUAUGGGACGUUGUCCUUUGUCUCAACGUCACAAGUGCUGUCAAUGGCCCUGGGCCCACCCUAAAUACGAAGGAAAGCAAUGACAAGGCCCCCAAGGUGGCCGAAGACGCCUCCGGCAGCGGAGGUGGAAGCACGUUCCUUUUCCAAGUUGCACUCGCUCUCCUUAAACUCAACGAGCAGCAAUUGUUGACGACCUGCUCAACGCCCGCUGCUCUAUACACAUACAUCAAUCACCAAAUGACCAACCACGCAAUCAGCAUCGAUGGACUGAUUCAAGCCAGUGAAGCAUUGCGCAACGUGGUCCGUCGAGAAGACGUCGUUGCGCGCCGAGCUGUUGCCCUGCAGCAAAUGCGAGACUUGAGCAGCGGCCACAGUAACUAG